CAUCAUAAAUAGGGUUCAAGGGGUACCAUUUUAGUUGCAGCAAGCUAGAUGGAGAAAAUGGAGGAGAACGCUAACAAGCAAAAUAAUGCUGAAAGGCCCAAGGGAGGGCUCAUCACCAUGCCCUUUAUUUUUUCGAAUGAGGUCUGUGAGAAGUUGGCCGUGGUAGGAUUUUAUGCCAAUAUGAUUAGCUACUUAACGACGCAGCUUCAUAUGCCGUUAACCAAAGCAGCCAACACUCUCACCAACUUCGGCGGAACCGCGAGCUUGACGCCAUUGCUCGGGGCUUUCGUCGCCGAUGCAUACGCCGGUCGUUUCUGGACUCUAACCAUCUCAUCUGUCAUAUACCAAAUAGCGAUGACAUGUUUAACACUAUCAGCAAUACUUCCACAACUUAGACCGCCGCCUUGUAAAGGUGAGCAAGUGUGCCAACAAGCUACUUCAGGACAAUUGGCAAUCCUAUACGGAUCUCUCUUACUCGGCGCCUUGGGCUCGGGCGGGAUUCGACCGUGUGUGGCGGCAUUCGGGGCGGAUCAGUUCGACGAAACGGAUCCAAACCAAUCAACCAAGACAUGGAAAUACUUCAAUUGGUACUACUUUGUGAUGGGGGCAUCUAUCCUAGUGGCUGUAACGGUGCUUGUUUAUAUUCAAGACAACAUAGGCUGGGGAUGGGGACUUGGAAUCCCCACUAUUUUCAUGUUCAUCUCCAUCAUUGCAUUUGUCGCCGGUUACCCGCUUUACCGACAAAUGGACCCUGCGGGGAGUCCAUAUACCCGGUUGUUACAGGUCUCUGUGGCAGCUUUCAAGAAGAGGAAAUUGGCUAUGGUUUCUGCCCCUGAGUUGCUGUACCAGAACGAAGAGCUUGACGCAUCGAUUUCUAUAGGUGGAAAGCUUGUUCACAGUAAACAAAUGAGAUUUCUCGACAAGGCAGCCAUUGUGACCGAAGAAGAUAAUGUAAAAGCUCCUAAUCUAUGGAGACUAAACACUGUUCAUCGAGUUGAGGAACUGAAAUCAGUGAUCCGAAUGGGACCGAUAUGGGCAUCAGGAAUCCUCCUCAUCACAGCCUAUGCUCAGCAAAGCACAUUCUCCCUCCAACAAGCCAAAACCAUGGACAGGCGCCUCACCAACUCCUUCCAAAUCCCCGCCGGUUCCAUGUCCGUCUUCACCAUGAUCUCCAUGCUCUCUACCAUAGCCUUGUACGACCGAUUUUUAGUCCGCAUCGCCCGAAGAUUCACGGGGCUCGACCGCGGUAUCACCUUCUUGCACCGUAUGGGGAUCGGGUUCGGGAUCUCGGUACUAGCCACACUUGUAGCCGGCUUCGUCGAAGUGAAACGUAAACAAGUAGCUUUGGCACAUGGACUCGAGGACAAGCCUCAAUCGGUCAUUCCAAUCUCGGUUUUCUGGCUCGUGCCUCAGUACGGUCUCCAUGGAAUAGCCGAGGCAUUCAUGUCAAUAGGUCACUUGGAGUUCUUCUAUGAUCAGUCCCCGGAAAGCAUGAGGAGCAGUGCUACUGCUUUGUUCUGGACUGCAAUCUCAGUUGGGAAUUAUGUGAGCACGCUGCUGGUUUCAUUAGUCCACAAAUUCAGUGCUAAACCUGAUGGAUCAAAUUGGCUUCCGGAUGACAAUUUAAACGAGGGGAAACUGGAGUAUUUUUACUGGUUGAUCACCGGCUUGCAAGUAGUUAAUCUCAUUUAUUAUAUCUCUUGCGCCAAGCUGUAUACUCUUAAGCCGAUUCAAAUCCACAGCAAAGUCGAGGGUGAAUCUGAAGAAGAUGGAGUAGAGCUUGCAGGCAAGGUUUAACGAAUCUGUAUAUGGAACUAUAGUUUAUGGUAAUACGUGUUAGCUUUAAACCUGUCUGGUGAAGUCGAGAAUAAGCUUAGUAGAUCAAUAAAUGAGCUGCAUGUAAAUCCACGACAAGUAUUGGAAUGUGUAGAA